ACCUGAAGGACACAGAGUUGUUUAAUGAGUGGAAGGCUCAGGGCAUUCUGCGUACAGUAGAAAACCCUAACAGCGAAUCUGGGGAGCCAGAAGGCGCAGCAGCAAUAACAACAACCCGACUCUCUGCUGUCUCUGCUGCAGUGGAGCUGCCGCAAGUAUUGGUUGAUGGUGUUGUGCUGGGGGGCGAGCACGAGCUGCAGGAGCUGGAGGAGGACGGGGACCUCGUACCUGCUGCAGCAGUAGAAGCAGGACAGGUGCAGCAAAUGCUGCAGGGUUAUAUUUAUAAUUCUUUAGAGCAGCAAAGCUCAGGCGAAAAACUUAAAGAACGAUGGGCGUCAGGGCUACAGCCAGUAGACUUUGAUAUUGAGAGCACAAAGAAGCAAGACACAGAAGAAGAAGCACAACAAUAA